AUGCUCCGUGCCUCCACCUCCGUCGCCGACCCCGAAGGUAUAAUCUCUAAGACUCAGAUUCUCGUUCUCGUCGUUUGCAGCGGACCGAUCAUUCAGAUGCAAGCUGCUGCCCAUCGUUGCAUCGCCAUAGUGGACUUCAUGGAGAAGACACUCAAACCAUACCCAGCAACUGUCAAUGAUGAAGAAAUGUAUAAGAAUGCAAAGAAGGUUGGGGAGGAUUUGGUGGGGAAAGACAACGUUUAUCUAAGUCCUCUAGCCAUGGGUGCGGAGGACUUCAGCUUCUACACGCAGAGGAUGCCGAGCACGGUCUUUUAUGUUGGCACAAAGAAUGAAUCUAUUGGAGCUUCGUACCAUUUGCACUCCCCUUACUUUUUUCUAGACGAGCAGGCGCUUCCAAUUGGAGCUGCUUUCCAUGCUGCAGUUGCUUUGUCUUAUUUGGAUGGUCACUCGGACUUCUCUACUUGA